UACUUCCUCGCUUCUUCCGGCUUGUUGCUGUGACCGGAGAUCCCUUCCGCUGACAGGCUGUUGUCACACGGCCACCAUGUUAUCCCAUUCCCGGUGUCUCACCAGGAAUUUCGGCCGUUCCCUCUCUGCCAUCCGCCAGGGGAAUAAUGCAUUAGCUCGUCUGGCCGCAUCAGCUCUAUCAGCCAGCCAUGCUAUCACUUUGAACAACAAUGUAAAAUCUGAUCCCCGGUCCAGCGUCUUCCAAAUCCAGUACUUCAGGACGUCUGUAGCCCACCGAGAUGAAGUUGUCACAGUCAACACCCCGGCGUUUGCAGAAUCUGUAUCGGAGGGGGACGUGAGGUGGGAGAAAGCUGUUGGAGACACUGUCAAGGAGGAUGAGGUGGUGUGUGAAAUUGAGACUGACAAGACGUCGGUGCAGGUUCCCACUCCUGCUGCUGGGGUGAUCGAGGAGCUUUUGGUCCCUGACGGAGGGAAGGUCGAGCCAGGAACUGCGCUCUUUAAGCUUCGAAAAGGAGCUGGUGCUCCCAAAGCUGCAGAAGCUCCAAAAGCCGAGACCCCGGCCGCUGCCGCCCCUCCACCACCUUCUGCUACUCCCCCUCCUCCCCCCUCAGCUGUGGGCCCCAUUCCCACCACUAUGCCCCCUGUGCCACCUGUGCCAGCACAUGCUAUGGACACCAAACCAGUUUCCGCCAUCAAGCCCACCGCCGCUCCCACCACACCAGCGGCUCAAGCUGAGGGAGGGGCUAAAGGAGCCAGGACCGAGAGCAGGGUGAAGAUGAACCGCAUGAGGCUUAGAAUUGCCCAGCGACUGAAGGAAGCCCAAAACACCUGCGCUAUGUUAACUACGUUUAAUGAGGUCGACAUGAGCAACAUCUCAGAGAUGAGGAAGACUUACAAAGAUGCCUUCCUGAAAAAGCACAACAUCAAGCUGGGCUUCAUGUCUGCGUUCGUGAAGGCUGCUGCCCACGCGCUGGCUGACCAACCUGCUGUCAACGCCGUAAUUGACGACACGACCAAAGAGAUUGUGUACAGGGACUACGUGGACAUCAGUGUGGCUGUGGCAACGCCGAAGGGUCUGGUGGUUCCUGUAAUCCGAAGCGUGGAGGGAAUGAAUUUUACUGACAUUGAGAAGGCCAUCAAUUUGUUGGGAGAAAAGGCCCGUAAGAACGAGCUGGCUGUUGAGGACAUGGACGGAGGAACGUUCACCAUCAGUAACGGCGGCGUGUUUGGGUCCAUGUUCGGCACGCCUAUAAUCAAUCCACCACAGUCUGCUAUUUUAGGCAUGCAUGGCAUCUUUGACAGGCCCGUGGCAAUCGGUGGCAAGGUGGAGAUCCGUCCCAUGAUGUAUGUCGCCCUGACGUACGACCAUCGUCUGAUCGACGGGAGAGAGGCCGUCCUUUUCCUGCGCAAGAUCAAGUCUGUGGUGGAGGACCCCAGGGUGCUGCUCCUUGACAUGUGAACCCUUGUGCACUCCAGGCCCAACCAAACCAACCAUCCCACACAAACGGGGGCUGCACCCACCCGAUGAAGACGUAACUGCAGUUGAUGUAUUGUUGUAUUGGUUAACUAGAAAACAGUUGAGUUAUGCAUUGGACAUUUGUAAGGCUGGCAGUGAUAACAGGGUCAGUGCUGCUGUGGGAACAUGUUGGUGUCUGUGGUGCUGGUCUCUAGAUUAAUAAAUAUAUAUAUUCUAUUACUCAUAUGCACCAUGUGUCAUUUUGAGAUUUGAGACAUUGUGAGAGGAAUGACCAACAUGAAGGUAAACUGCGUAGUAUCAUUUCAUUAUUUAGGUUGAGAGAAGAACAAUGAACACAUGGGCCAGAAACCAAGAAACACUGUUCUGAAAAUGUCCAAAGUGAAGAAAUCUUUUGAGGAUUUAUGCCACCUGUUUCACAAAAAAAUGAACACAUGCUGUGUAAGAAAGACUAUUUAAGAAAAAAGAGUUUUAAACAAUAAAACUUGCAAUACUGGACUAUA